UUUGUUUGCGGAAGUAGGAGGAAGUAGAAGUGCUGAGUAAGCCGAGACUGAGGGGGCAGGCGGCGGGGCCUCUCCACCUGCCCCGCAGAAGAUGCAGUUCUUCGGCCGCCUGGUCAAUACCCUCAGUAGCGUCACCAACUUGUUCACAAACCCGUUCCGGGUGAAGGAGGUGGCUGUGGCAGACUACACCUCGAAUGGCCGAGUUCGGGAGGAAGGGCAGCUGAUUCUGUUCCAGAACAUUCCCAGUCGCACCUGGGACUGCAUCCUGGUCAACCCCAGGAACUCACAGAGUGGAUUCCGACUCUUCCAGCUAGAGACGGAGGCAGAUGCCCUCGUGAACUUCCAGCACUAUUCUUCGCAGCUGCCGCCCUUCUACGAGAGCUCCAGCCACGUCCUACACGUGGAGGUCCUGCAGCAGUUGACUGACCUCAUCCGCAACCACCCCAGCUGGUCGGUGGCCCACUUGGCGGUGGAGUUAGGGAUCCGAGAGUGUUUCCACCACAGCCGCAUCAUCAGCUGCGCCAACAACAGGGAGAAUGAGGACGGCUGCACCCCCCUGCACCUGGCCUGCCGCAAGGGUGAUGGGGAGAUCCUGGUGGAGCUGGUGCAGUACUGCCACGCCCAGAUGGACGUCACGGACAACAAUGGGGAGACAGCCUUUCAUUACGCUGUCCAGGGUGACAAUGCCCAGGUGCUGCAGCUCCUAGGGAAGAACGCAUCAGCUGGCCUGAACCAGGUGAACAACCAGGGACAGACUCCGCUGCACCUGGCCUGCCAGAUGGGGAAGCAGGAGAUGGUCCGCGUGCUGCUCCUUUGCAAUGCUCGGUGCAACAUCAUGGGGUCCGCUGGCUACCCCAUCCACACGGCCAUGAAGUUCUCCCAUAAGGGGUGUGCUGAAAUGAUCAUAAGCAUGGACAGCAACCAGAUCCACAGCAAAGACCCUCGCUACGGAGCCAGCCCCCUCCACUGGGCCAAGACCGCUGAGAUGGCCCGCAUGCUGCUGAAACGGGGCUGCGACGUGAACAGCACCAGCUGCGCAGGGAACACGGCCCUGCACGUGGCCGUGAUGCGCAACCGCUUCGACUGUGUCAUGGUGUUGCUGACCUACGGGGCCAAAGCUGACGCCCGCGGGGAGCACGGCAACACCCCGCUGCACCUGGCCAUGUCGAAAGACAAUGUGGAGAUGAUCAAGGCCCUCAUUGUGUUUGGGGCAGAGGUGGACACCCCAAAUGACUUUGGGGAGACUCCUGCUUUCAUAGCUUCCAAGAUCAGCAAACAGCUGCAGGACAUCGUGCACAUCUCCCGGUCCCGGAAGCCGGCCUUCAUCCUGAGCUCCAUGAGGGACGAGAAGCGGACCCACGACCACCUGCUCUGCCUGGACGGAGGGGGCGUGAAGGGCCUCGUCAUCAUCCAGCUCCUCAUCGCCAUCGAGAAGGCCUCAGGCGUCGCCACCAAGGAUCUCUUUGACUGGGUGGCGGGGACCAGCACCGGGGGCAUCCUGGCUCUGGCCAUUCUGCACAGCAAGUCCAUGGCCUACAUGAGGGGUGUGUACUUUCGCAUGAAGGAUGAGGUGUUCCGGGGCUCACGGCCCUAUGAGUCAGGGCCCCUGGAGGAAUUCCUGAAGCGCGAGUUUGGGGAGCACACCAAGAUGACCGACGUCAAGAAACCCAAGGUGAUGCUGACAGGGACCCUGUCUGACCGGCAGCCUGCUGAACUCCACCUCUUCCGGAAUUAUGAUGCCCCGGAGUCUGUACGGGAGCCUCGAUUCAGCCAGAAUACUAACCUCAAGCCUCCAACUCAGCCCUCAGAGCAGCUGGUGUGGAGGGCUGCCCGCAGCAGUGGGGCAGCCCCCACCUACUUCCGGCCCAAUGGGCGCUUCCUGGAUGGUGGGCUGCUGGCCAACAAUCCCACGCUGGACGCCAUGACUGAGAUCCAUGAGUACAACCAGGACAUGAUCCGCAAGGGUCAGGGCAACAAGGUGAAGAAGCUCUCCAUUGUGGUCUCUCUGGGGACAGGGAGGUCCCCACAGGUGCCCGUGACCUGUGUGGAUGUAUUCCGUCCCAGCAACCCCUGGGAACUGGCCAAGACCGUUUUUGGGGCCAAGGAAUUGGGCAAGAUGGUGGUGGACUGUUGCACAGAUGCGGAUGGGCGGGCCGUGGACCGGGCCCGGGCCUGGUGUGAGAUGGUUGGCAUCCAGUACUUCAGAUUGAACCCCCAGCUGGGGACAGACAUCAUGCUGGACGAGGUCAGCGACACGGUGCUGGUCAAUGCCCUGUGGGAGACUGAGGUCUAUAUCCACGAGCACCGGGAACAGUUCCAGAAGCUCAUUCAGCUGCUGCUCUCACCGUGA